UGAGUGGAUGGGUACUAGCGCUAGCAGCAAUGGGACAGGCCAAGGCGUUUCAAGCACUGUAGCGCCAGUGUAGCACACCAGCCACACACAGUCACAGCAGCUGCCCCCGUGACCUGGCCGCGCCAAGUGUGCCAUACACAUGUAUCCAACGCUUCCAUACACCCACGCGCACGUAUUGAUGCACCCCUCGUGGCCAUCUUUGGUAGCACCGUGAGCGAGUCGUGGGAGCACAGGGUGUAAAUGAUGACUGCACGAGGAAUAUUGAUGACAGUUGGAGGCCAAUCAGAUGGGUUUUAGUUAAACACAAAUCCUGAAUAUGCGGGCAUCCUCUGCUUGUCUUUGUGCGGCUACCCAGCAGGCGCUGGUUUUGUCCCCUGCAUUGGGGCGUCCUUUUAUUUGUUUCCUGAAUGUGUAAUCUGCCAAGUUGCUGCUGCCUUUAGCCCGCCCGCAGCGUCAAGGGGGUCCUUGUUCGCGUGGGCCGCCUGCUCGGUCCCGCCCUCUUGUGAACAUUAACAUACAGCUGUCCCACCGGGUGUGCCCAGAUAAACCCCCCGAGCGUCUCUCUCUCUCUCUCGCUCUCCCUCUCUCUCUCUCUGCUGCCUCUUCAUUCAGCUCGCAGCAGAUGGGCUGGGGAGACGCCUGCCUCCUGUUAUGGGAUGCCCUUUGUCACCUUACAAGGUCACUUCUCGGUCAUUGCUGGGUUGGUGUCACGUGCCCCACCUCCCGUUGGGCGAAUGGAUAGCUUGUCGGCUUGAAUAGAUGCUGCCCAUCAUCCACAGUCCUUAUGUCAGACAUCAACACACGUCUGUCUUCUCUCUGCACAUCGUAAGGAAUGCUACACCUAGCAUCCAAGGGAAAAAGACGGCUCCAAUAUGUAGCGUUAGCUUUGGCUAGCGGCCUGAGGCAUCGGGAGCCAGUGUGUGCUGAAGCUAGUUGCUAGCCUGCUAGCAGCCAGUAAGGUAGUUCUUGUCCGUCUGCUUUUCCAUCCUCUGAAGGCAGAGAAGAGAGAGACGUGUGUUCAUGUCUCACAUAAGCAUUGUGGAUAUUGACUCAUUGUGUAUGCGUACGGUAGUAGUACUGUAGCAUACAUACUUCCUGUCUUGAAGUUGAGUGAGGCAUGUCUCCCCCUUUUUUUACAACAACAUUUGAAGAUCGCAGGCAGUCAAUUAUUUGCAUUUUGUGGAUAGAAAAUAUAAUAAUGUAAUUACACCAUCCUUUCAAUGUACCCAGGAAAGAUGUUUGAUGAUGAAAAUACUGGAUGCAAGUAUUACAUCGAUGUACCUGUUACUACAUGCUCACAGCAUGGAUAGAAAACCAUGUAAGAGCUUUUUGUAGGGCUUUACAGUGGAGAUCCUGUAGGUGUCCUUUGACGUUUUUAUAUCUUAAGGUGUGUUCAUGUACCACAUAAGCAUUGUGUGCGCGCACUUUUAAUAGUACAUGCAGGUGCAUUUCUAGCUGAAAAUGAUCCUUGCAUUGUAUAACCAACCUUUCCUGGUUGGAGCAACACGCUAGCAUGAAGAUUGGAAUAUAUUGCAAGAAGUGUUGCAGGUUGCAGUCAAGUUACAUCAUUCACCUUCACCAUAAGCCUUUGAUGAAGAUAUUCCCAUUUGCCAGAGUAUUCAUCUUGCUUCGACUCUGUCUUGAUGCAUUGGGCCGCGCUGCCCCGAAGGCAAAAUGGCCCCAUUUCCAGUCAAGUCAGGCAGGUUGCCAUCAGCCGCUCCGCUGGUGGCCCAUCACGAUAACACACCUCAAGCCUUUGGUCUCACAGCCUGGCCAGCAGGCACAUCUCAGCCACAUCAAACGUAGCCUCCCCCCCCCCCCACUCUCCCCUUGGAAUUGGAUAGUCACUCAUUUCUCUCCCUCUUAUCCAUUUGUGUCAGCGCACUCUUAAACGGGGCUACAAAUACUUGGGAGGGAAGGUCGUUGAACUUGCAUCAUCUACCAUGGUUGAAGGGGCCCUAUGAUGCUCUACCACCCGUCUGCCCUAUACGUGUAGUUAGAAUGUUGGAUCCCCCUCUUCAACCAUGCUAAGUUUCAGAUCAUGAGCUUUGUGCUUUCCGAAGUGAGCCCUAAUAGAAGUUUGGGAUGGCUCAAAACGCUCGGUUGGAACGCUUGGUGAUUGCCAGCAAGAGAAAAAUAUUCUCCUAUAUCAACGGGAUUUCACAUGGGACCGUUUGUGUCGACACCAACAAUAUGAGCAAACUGUUGGAAAGGUGCGUUCAUGUCGGGGGUCUCCAACCAGUAGACCAUGCCUCCAAAGGCUUUAUUCAUUUAUCAUUCGUGUGGAAUGUGGGUACUUCUGUGAGGAUGGAAAAGGGAGGGGACCACCUUAGUGCUCCUAGAGGACUUCCCGUUUAGUCAUGCAUGGCUGGCCAACAGAAGCUCACAUGAAACAUUUGCUGAAGAAAAGGCCCAUUCUUCUCCCGCUUGGACGUCCCACCAGCAGACGGGUACUGGGGAUGCUUGGACCUGCUGCCGCCUCCUCCGGUCUGGCUCGGCAGCUGUUCUCCGGGCAGAAGAUUAUUCCUUCAAGUUGCAUGCAUGCGCACAUGAUGGCGUGCCGAUGGACGUCUCGGUAUUGUGGCAGGCUCUGGAACCGUUGAUAUCUCACACGUGUCAAAGCAUUGGACCUCCUCAAGGGACAUGGCCAUGGACGGUGACCUUGGCGGUACCUGUUUGAAAUACCAUCACAUUGCCGCCGGCCAUUUAGUCUUUAACACUUUUCGCCGUAGAAUACAGUAUAUAGUAUAUUUUUAAAGUCACCAAAAUCAAGAUAAUUGAAUGAUUUAAAAGACAAUUAUUUGUGAAGAAUGUACCAAUCCAACGUACAAUUAUGGACAAUAUCAACUAAAUAAAACCACGAUCCCUUCAAGUCCAAGUGCAGAAGAACUAAAGCGACAUACUGAUGUUGCUGCUGUUUGAAUGGCCCUGUUGCACCGGUCCUGUCCACUAGGGGGUGCUGCAAGCCGGUGCUUUGGUAGGGUUGCAGUGUGCAGAGGAAGAGGAGCUGUUGCCGCUCCUCCCCGCAUCUCCUCACUGCCUGCUCGGCGAGGCUGCUCGGCGAGGCUCCUCCUCGGUGCUCCAGCCUCCUCGUUCGCGGCCGCAUCGUCGCGCCGCUGGACGCGACUCGGCUUCUUUUCUCCGGUCGCAUCGUUCCAUGCCGUCGCUCCGGGAUUAUACCGAACGGUGACGUGCCCCCUCCCCCGAGCAUGUUCACACCAGAGGCCGGCACCAUCACCAGCACCGCCCGCUGAGACGCAUUUCACCCCGCGUGACUGAGAGCGGCACCGGACGCCUUUUCCCACCACCAUGGGGUUCUACGGCACUUUGAAGAUGAUAUUCUACAAAAUGAAGAGAAAGUUGGACCAUGGCCCAGAGGUCCGACCUUUCCCUACAGUGAAGAAGCCCAAAGGUCCCGAGUAUCCAAGCCCCACAGGACUGGUCACUUGCCCUACCACGCCCACCACAUUCGGCCACAUCAGGACCGCCAAUGGUCAGGGCCAGCAGAGGCGACGCAUCACCUCCAUCCAGCCGCCUGCCGGGCUCCAGGAAUGGCUGCGGACAUUUCAGAGCUGGACGGGGCCCGAGAAGCUGCUAGCGCUGGACGAGCUGAUUGACAGCUGCGAGCCUACGCAGGUCAAGCACAUGAUGCAGGUCAUCGAGCCGCAAUUCCAGCGAGACUUCAUCUCCCUGCUGCCCAAAGAGCUGGCUUUGUACGUGCUGUCCUUCCUGGAGCCCAAGGACCUCCUCCAAGCAGCCCAGACGUGUCGCUACUGGCGCAUCCUUGCAGAGGACAACCUGCUGUGGAGGGAGAAAUGCAGGGAAGAAGGCAUCGAUGAGCCGCUGCCCCUCAAGAAGAGGAAAAUGGUCAAGCCCGGCUUCACUCACAGCCCCUGGAAGAGUGCCUACAUUAGGCAGCACAGGAUAGACACCAACUGGCGCAGAGGAGACCUCAAAUCACCCAAGGUGCUGAAAGGUCACGACGACCAUGUGAUCACCUGCCUCCAAUUUUGUGGCAACCGCAUCGUCAGCGGGUCGGAUGACAACACGCUGAAAGUCUGGUCUGCCAUCACAGGAAAGUGUCUGCGGACGUUGGUGGGUCACACGGGCGGCGUGUGGUCAUCCCAGAUGCGCGACAACAUCAUCAUCAGCGGCUCCACGGACCGCACGCUGAAGGUCUGGAACGCAGAGACAGGAGAAUGUAUCCACACCCUCUAUGGGCAUACCUCAACCGUGCGCUGCAUGCACCUGCACGACAAACGGGUGGUCAGCGGCUCGCGGGACGCCACCCUGCGCGUGUGGGACAUCGAGACGGGCCAGUGUCUGCACGUCCUCAUGGGCCACGUGGCGGCGGUGCGCUGUGUCCAGUACGACGGCCGGCGGGUGGUCAGCGGCGCCUACGACUUCAUGGUGAAAGUGUGGGACCCCGAGACGGAGACGUGUCUCCACACGCUGCAGGGCCACACCAACAGGGUGUACUCGCUACAGUUCGACGGCAUCCACGUGGUGAGCGGCUCGCUGGACACGUCCAUCAGGGUGUGGGACGUGGAGACGGGCAACUGCAUCCACACGCUGACGGGGCACCAGUCGCUCACCAGCGGCAUGGAGCUCAAAGACAACAUCCUGGUCUCCGGCAACGCCGACUCCACCGUCAAGAUCUGGGACAUCAAGACCGGACAGUGUCUGCAGACGCUGCAAGGUCCCCACAAGCACCAGAGCGCUGUGACGUGUUUGCAGUUCAACAAGAACUUUGUGAUCACCAGCUCGGACGACGGGACGGUGAAACUGUGGGACCUGAAGACGGGCGAGUUCAUCCGCAACCUGGUGACCCUGGAGAGCGGCGGCAGCGGCGGCGUGGUGUGGCGCAUUCGCGCCUCCAACACCAAGCUGGUGUGCGCCGUGGGAAGCCGCAACGGCACGGAGGAGACCAAGCUGCUGGUGCUGGACUUUGACGUGGACAUGAAGUGAGGGGAGGACCUGCCGCUUUGGGGAGGCCGCCUGAGGCCGGAUGGCCCGACCCGUGCCGGAACGGCGCCGGGCGGGACCGGCGAGCCCGUGUGGGAGGAGGACUGAUGUACAGAGAGAUUAUUUUUGGAUAAAAAGAAAACCCAGCUGAAGCCCCGCCUUCCUCCUGCCUGCUAAAAGGAAGCGUUCAGGAAGGCCCGGAGAGGAAUUCCAACCAGGAAGAAGAAGCACCUCAAAACUCCUCCCUGUUGCUGUUCCUGUUCCCGCUCCUGCUGCUGUUCCCGUUUCUGCUCCUGCUCCUGUUCCCGUUCCUGCUCCCGACAAGACGUUUCUUCUUGCUUUUUCAAGCCCCGCCUCUUUUCCUCUUCCUCUGUGGUUGUGAAUGGCGUCCCAAAGCGCUGUCGGUCAGUCCAGUCUUUGCUUUGAGUCUGGCCCCUCCCACACCGGCAGGCCCCAGAAGCUCCACCCCCCCCUUGGCCAAACUGUACCAAUGCUGCUAGACGAAAAGGAAAGACUUGCUGUGACGUUUUAGUCCCAGGCCAAAUUCCAAAAACCAGAACAUCCUAGUUUUUUUCUGUUUGCUUUUUUGCCACUGAAACUUGAGCCAAACGUGCCUCCACGAGGCGGAGAAGACAGACGGGAGGGAGGGAGUCAGGGAGGGAGGGGCGCUUGGUGGCGUGCAUGAGUGCUAAAGGACACAUUCCUUGGGACACCACAGUCAACAAACGGUCCUUGUGUGCGUGCGUGUGUGUGUGUGUGUGUGUGUGUGUGUGUGUGUGUGUGUGUGUGCGUGAGCGUGUCCCGCUGAAAGAUGUCCCAUCACAGGCUUCUACUGAUGGACGGCGUGUCGGAGUCGCCGGAGGAAGAGAUUGAAAAGAGAUUGAAAAGAGAAAAAAGGCCAACCUUGUAGCCAAACUGUCCAGAAGUCCCAAGCCGAGCUGUGAAGAGGUUUAACACUGUAUAGUCCAAAAAACCACACACUUGCUCCUUUUCUCCCGCUCUUUAAUUUAUGGUCUGGUUGGACAAAUCAGAUUUGGAGGGGUUUUUGUUGUUGUUCAUGUAAACAAAAAGAGGAAUAGAUGAGAAAAACCUUAAAGGGAUUAUUGUGUAUUUCUUUCAUUUACUUAGAAUUUUAUUUUCUUAUAACUUAAAGUGCAAUAAAAAUGUGGGUUUUGUUUUUUUCUUUGUUUUCCAUUUCAAGCAAAUUUGUUGUCUGUUUUGUUACAUGUGAAGGAAUCUUCUAUGUCCAAUAAAGCAAAUUAUUUGGGUAA